GUAAGCAGCAAGAAAAUUAGAAUUUUCCGUAUUACCGCAUUUUGCAGCCAAUAAUCGCCAGUCGGAGAAGAAAACCGUUAAAACAAACACCAAAAAGUAAAAACAAAAGCGACAAAGCUACUUCGCUGAGAGUCGUUCGUCGUGCUGGUGCGACUUGUGUUUUUUCGUUUUUUUUUUUUUUUGCCUUUUCCGUUUUUGUUUUAGUGCUUCGAGUGCUCUUGUUGUUGUUUAUUGCCGGCAGUUUAGCGCCCAAAUUGUGAGAGCGUAAAUUAGAUUGAGAGCGCGAGUGCGCGUAAAAACUAGAAAAGCAUCAUAAAAAUAAUACUAAUUAAAACAAAAUAAAAUCGUUUAAUGAUAAUUCGCGAAUUUAAGUAUCCCAUGGAUACAUUUGCGUUGCGAGCGAGCAUACUAAAGUGAGCGCAAUAUAUCUAAAUACAUAUCUAACGGUAAUAAUGUGUUCGCGUUUCCAAGUGACACUCGUGUAUGUUGGAUUUGCACGAUGGCAAUAAUGUAAUGAUUACUCGCCGACACCGAAUAUUGGUCGCGGAACAAAUUCUGGAUUUAUUGACAAUUACUUCGCAGAUUUUCUGCAAUUUCGUUGCUGGCAUUCUUCCUCGUCGCUCAUUUCAGCGUUUGUCGGCGACUGACGGCRAAUUCGAUUCAGUUGGCGUGCGCUGAUCAAUUGACGUUGACUUGGUGAAAUCGCUCGUUUGGUACAUAUACAUACAAAUAUAUGUAUAUUUAUCAUUAUAUGUGUGGUUAGCGGCGUAUCUAGUGCUGAAAGAUCAAAGAAUCUAAAUUUUGAGAAAUUCGCAAAAAUCGGAACUUUUUAUGCGAUGAAAUUGCGCAAUUGGUGUUAAAAUAUUUUCGUUAAUUACAAUAGUGUCUGAAACAUGUGCAAAAGUGUCACAGUGUGCUACAAAAGUGUGUGUUCGGGUAAAAAAGAAGGUAACAACACCAACUAAAAUUAAUAAAUUCACUUACAUAUAAACAUGAAAAAUUAGUGUUGUGCAAAAUUGCCAUGCAAAUUCUGCAGCAACUGGAAUUUCCGGCGCUUCUAAGAAAACAAAAACCGUCUAAAUCGACUACGGUAAGGGUGUGUGUAUUUGUGUUAGUGUAGGCAGUGUUUGUGUGAAAGUUGUGUCUAGAAUAUACUAGAUACAACAAUAAUAUUUUUUCGUGUGGGAAAUCCAGCAAGUAUUAAACUGAAUACAACAGCAACAAAAUCUACAACAACAAAACUAAUACAACAACAACAAUUUUUCAUCAAAAUACAGUAACAACAAAAGGUUUUCAACAAAAACCACAACAAUUUAUCAUAUUAAUACAACAACCACAAGUUCUCAUCUACAAUGCAACAACAACAUGGUUUAAGCAAACUGCACCAAGAACAUGUUUAAUCAAAAUACAACUACAACAACAAAGUAAACUCUAUUACAACAACAACAACAACAACAACAACAACAACAAAUUAAACUCAACGACAACAACAACAACAACUACGCAAAAGCUGCUUGUUUUCUUGUGCACCAGCCUGUGUCGAAGCACCAAAAAGAAAUUAUGAAAACUACAACAACAACAAAAAAGUUUUAAUAAAGUUACAAAAACAAUAAAAUUAUUUAAAAGGUGUCCUUGUUGAAUCACUGCCUGCAGAAAAAAAUUAUACUUACAUAUGUACAUAGGUGUAUUCAAGCACUAUAAUAACAACCACAAUUUCCAAUUGCCGUUUUAGUGUUUUUGUUCGUACUUGCAUUGGUGUAGUGUUAUAUUUUUUGCAACGCGUGUAUGUGCGAUCAUUAUGUUUGUGUGUGUGUUACAGCAACGCAAUUAAACGCCACCAACAAGCAAACAGUUGCCAUCAAACAGCUUAGCGGCCUAAAAUAACAAUCAUCAACAACAACAACAAUACGCAUCAUCAUAGCAAGCAACAGCGAGGCGUAAAGACCAAAGCGCUAGAAUUCCAAARUCGCUUUGACGUUUGAGUCCAAAAACACGUUGAUGUUCUAAACACAAGCGCAACAGAAGCAACGUUUCUUCGGCUUUGAAAGAAAUCGCUAAACGCUCCAAACGCAAAGUCACGCAACGCUUCAAUUGCCGAGUACAUUAUUAAACAAAGUAAUAAUAAUUUUUAUUGUGCUUACAAGCAACAACAAAAAACAAUAGUCGUUAGAUGGCUUUAAUAUGGAUAUUUCAAUUAUCACCUCCUCCAAUGCGGCCGAUUUUAGUGGCGGCGUAGCUGCCAAAUCGUUUGCCGCCGCUAAAAUGAAUUUCUCCGUAGCGAGCACUCGAUUAUCGCUGGAAGACACAUUACACCAAAUAUGACAGGAAAACAAUGAACAUCUGAGACUUCGUAUGCAUAAAAUAUAUGUUGUUCGAGAAUUAGCAAAAAUGAAUUUAAAAUUGUAGAAGUUAUUAAAUGCAAAUAAACAGCAAUAAAUAAAGUAAUAAAAAGCCGAAAUAAAUGUAGCGAAAACGCACAAUAAGCAAGCAGAAGAAAACAAAGAAAAAAACAUAAAUACGCACAUUUGGCAAUAAUACGCGUACAGGCCAGAAAAGUAGAGCAUAAAAUAUAAACAAAGUAAAAACACGAUAAAGGGAAUAAAUUAGUAGCAGCGAAAGUAAUUGACUUCUUUUCAGAGGGAAACUUUCAAAGAAAAAGUGGAGAGCAAGACGCUUAGGAAAAUAAUUUAUUUUGAACAAGUGAGAAAAGAAAAGCCUUCAAAAUUAAACGCAACAAUAAGAAAAAACCCCACAGCAAUCAUCCAUCCAGUUUGAUGAAAAACAUGGACAAAAAUGCCGGCGGCGACGGCAGCGAUGGUAAAUCGGGUGUCGGCGUCGGUCUGGGUGGUGGCGGCAGUGGUAAGGCCGGCUCUAGCGCCAGUGGGGGCGGUGGAGCCGGAGUGCACGAUCCCUCCGCAUUGUUGGAUGCCGCCUCGCUAUUCGCUUAUUGGGGCCGUGAUCCAGCAAGCGCCGCCGCAGCCGCUUCCAAUCCGCUAUUCAACUCACAAUUUAAUGCUGCCGCAGCAGCCGGCUUGGGCUUGCUGCAAAAUCCAGCUAGUGCAGCAAAUGAUCGCUAUUCGAUAGCAGCUGCAGCCGCGGCCGCCGCAUCACAUCAUCAUCAGAGCACCAUGGCAGUGGCGGCUUCUCAGGCGGCCAGUUUAGCUAGUCUGCAUCCAGCAAGUUGGUGGUCCAUGGCUCAACUGGCAGCUCAAGACUAUUUCACCCGCCUCCAAGCUUCCGGCCUCUCACCGUUUGCACAUCCUGAUGUGAUGGCUGCAUUUGGUCCAGCAGCACUGGGUCUGGGUGGUGCCACCGGUGCCGGUGGUACGGGCGUCAACAGCGCCGGUGGUGGUGUUGGCGCUUUGGGUGCCGGUGCGGGUGGCAGUAAUGUAGGCAGUGGCAGUAGUUCAUCAUCGAGCAGCAAAUCAAGUAAAUCCCGCAAAGAGAAACGCCAGCAACAACAGCAGGCACAACAACAGCAACAACAGAAUCUAGCUGCAGCUGCGGCGGCGGCAGCAGCAGCGGCCGUUAGUGCUAAUCCGGCGGCGGCUUUGGCUGGCAUGCACGGUUUGGUGGGAGCGGGCGGUUCGCUUAACCCCUCUGCGAUGGGUAUGGGAGGUAGUGGCAGUGCAGGCAAUACCACGGGUGUUGGUGGCAGUAGUGGCGGCAGUAGUUCGUCGUACAAAUCGAGUUCAACCAGCUAUAGUAAACCAUCUGUGAGUCCGGUUUUACCUCCACCACCCGGUUCGGCAUACGAUCCAGUGCAGCUGCAUAAAGAAUUGUUGGCCAUGCAAGUGGCAGCCGCGUCCGGUGGCUCUUCCAGUUCCUCAUCGUCGAAGAAAUCAUCAUCACAUCAUCAUACACAGUCACAUCAGAGCAGCAGCAACAACAAUAGCAGUAGUGGUGGUGGCGGYGGCAGUGGUGGUAGUAGUGGCCUAGGCAUGUCCAGUGGCGCUUCCUCGUCGCUCGGCGGCAGCAGCAGCAACAAUUCCAAUAAAAACUCACCCAUGAGCAGUGUCGGCAAUGCGGCCAUGCAUCACUUGAGCGCCUUGGGUGGUAAUGUGGGCGGCAGCAAUUCCACAGCGCAUCACAUAAAUGCGUUAAUGUCGCCGCACGGUUCAUUGGGCGGCAGCAGUGGCAUGGGUAGCGGUGGCAGUAAUAUGGGUGCUAGCAGUAGUGGUGGCAGUAAUAGUUCGGCUUCGAGUAGUAAAGCAGAACGUGACAAGAAUAACGCUUCGUUAAAUGCSCUCAGCUCGCUUUCGCAGUUCGGUGCACUCGGCAUGAGCCCACAGCAAAGCAUGCAGGCCGCAAUGAACGCGUUUGCCGCAUCUAAUCCGGCAGCUGCAGCCGCAGCGGCAGCAGCAGCGUCCGCGGCGGUCGGCGGUGGCAAAGGUGGCAAGGACUAUAUGCCAAGURGCAUACUCAGUGAUCACCAAUCCUUGCUGGGUGUACGACUGCCGCCCGAUACGGAGAUCAUUAAGUAUACAUCGUCGAUUGUGGGACCCAAAAUACCCGGCACUACUUCACGUGGACGUAAGAAAACCAUUUCGGACGAACAACAACAGCAACAACAAUUACUCGCACAACAACAACAACUCCAACAGCAGCAAUUGCAAAAACAAGAGCUGGACGCCACAAAUGCCCUCUCCUCGCUGCUCUCCAUACCAGGUCUGAGUCCGGCCAAGCGGGCACGCCUCGAAAUGGAGUAUGCAGCAAUGGCGGCAGCAGUUAAUCAGCAGCAACAACAGGCACAGCAACAGCAACAAGCACAACAACAAUUGCAUGGCAUGGGUGCACCGAUGGGUUUGCCUGGACUCGGCGGUUUGGGUGCUUUGGGUGGUGUUGGCGGCUUGGGCAACCCGACAGGACGUCUAGAUACGCACGCACUGGGCGCAAACACGUUAAAUGCCACACCUAGCAAUAGUCGUGACUCAUCAACGGACCGUGUCGAAGUGAUCAAACUACCGCCAACAAUCACCUCGAACGGCGCCUACAAUCUAUCGAAUAAAAACAAAGACUUGCUUGAUUUAACGGGAGACAAUAGCAGCGGUGCUGGUGUGAACCUCAGCAUGAAAUCAUCCACCUCCACCGCUACGACCAAUGCCACAACAGUAGCCUCAGCACUCAUUGGUACCGCGGCCAAUCCCAUAAUGAUCGAAGACUAUGAUGCGCCAUUGAAUUUGUCAAUGAAACCAGCUGAUAAACAGAGUUCCUCCGCCUGCAUGUCAUCCUCAAUGGUGGGCGGCUGUAGCGAUUACAGCAGUCCGGUGAAUAUGGGCGGCACUGUGGCAGUGCCUACGGGCAGCGGUGGUUCGAAUAGUCUGCAAAGCUUGACUUCGAUAACAGCAGCGCUGGGCGGUGGCAGUAGCACACCGCUGCCAGGUAGUGGCACYAGCAGCAGUGGUGGGAAUGCGGGCAGCAGCGGUUCCGCCGGUUCCAGUAGUGGCGGUGGCGGUAGUGGUGGUGAACGUUCAGGGCAACCGCCUUUUAAGGAGGGGCGGCCGCGCAAUCUCGGACGCGGCGUGUCKAAACCGAAGAAGAACACUGUCGCUUCAUUGCUGGCCCAGUCUCGUGCAGUGGGCAUAAAACCAAUGCUAGCUACACAGCAGUUGCUGCAGCAAGGCGCUGAUUUGGAGAAAAUCCGWCAGGCGUUAAAUGAAGCGAAUGCACAAUUGGACCUAUCGACCGACUCCGAAAGCGUUGCCGCCGAAAGUGGGCUCUCCGAAUCGGAGAGCGAAGAUGCCAACAUUCUAAAUGUAACCGAAUUACGUGUGCCACUGGAUUUGGGCUGGAAACGUGAGACGGUCAUACGUGGCCUAACGAAGGCCGGUCAAAUACGGGGCGAAGUUGUUUACUAUGCGCCCGGUAGCACAGUGCCGUUGAAGAAUAUCGGUCAAGUGAUCUCUCAUUUGGAGAAGAAUCCAUCGAAGCUGACGCGUGACAAUUUCAGCUUUUCAUCACGUGCUAUAGUCGGUUCAUUCCUACAACCCGCACCGCCGCCAUACGCUAACGAUGGCGAAUACAUACGCAUGACCGACGAGGAUGUCGCAAAGCGUUUGGAGGAUUUGAAGAUUUUCACACGCCAAACCUUGAAUGUGGAGCAACGCAUCGAGAUUGCUAAACAACAGCAGGCUUUACGCGAUGCGAAGAAACAGCAGAAGGAGGAAGUGGCGCGCAACAAGGAAAAAGCACGGCAGGAAAAAAACGAGAAGCUUGAGCAGCAACGUAAAGAAAAGGAGUUAAAAAACCAGCAAAUGAUUGAGGCGCGCAAGAAGCGUCAGGAAGAACUAGAACGCAUCAAGCAAGAGGAGCUGCUCAAGAAACAACAGGAAAAAGAAAAGAAACGUCAAGAAGCUAUUUUAGCUAAAGAACAGGAACUCCAAAAACAAAAAGAAGCGUUACUUGCCGCCGAGAUGGAACGCGAACGCCGUCGUCAACAUAUGGCACUUGUGCGCCAGCUGGAGGCGCGCCGCAAGUUUGUCGAGCGUGAGAAGAAGAAGCAUCAAAUGAUCUUAGACCGUCUGAUAUUGCGCGAGAAGCGUAUGGCUAUACGAAAGCGUGACUCUGAAAUUUUAGCCCAAAUAAGAAAACCAAAUGAGGACUCUGAAGUUGCACAUCCGCACGAGUUGCCCGAGCUGGAACGCAUCGGUGGAAAUCGUUUGCCUGGUCAAGCUAUGGCCGAUCUGCUGAUGGUUUUCGAAUUCUUGCAUAACUUUGGUGAAACCUUAGGCUUCGACAUGGAGUCAUUGCCGAGCUUGCAGAAUCUGCACGACGCACUGAUUAGUGACAGCAAUCCCGACGCUGAGGAGGAGCUGCUAUCUGUGAUGACCCAUCUGUUGGUGUGCGCCAUCGAAGAUCCCGGCAUACCGAAUCCGGGACGACACACCACAUUGCUCGGACAAUCGUUACGUAACGCCGACAUAACCAAUUCGAAUGUUUCGGAGAUACUACGCAUUUAUCUGUAUGCCACCGCCACCGGUGAGAUACGUCAACUGCACGGCAUAACCAUGGAUCGUGAGCGCGAACGUCGCAUACCCGAUCAUCAUCAGGUGGACGCCGAAACCGCGUCCCAUUCGGGCAAAAAUGCCGAAUACUACAAAUUGUUACAUGAAAAUGAGACUUGGAAGCUAUCACAUUCGCUCAAGAAUCGUCCAUUCGUCGCAUUGAAUCCCACACGCAAGGCACAAAUACUCGCCCAUCUCUGCAAUGACCUGCUAAUGAACAAGGCGGUGCUGAAACAGAUCGACGGCAGCCUAGAGACGUGCGCACAAAUGCGCAAAGAGAAGUACAUGACCGACAUGAAGGUGCGCAAAUACAAGGCGCUGCAUCAACGCAAGGCGCGCAUUGAGGCGUACGAGAAGGCGCAGGCGGAACGCGAGGCGGCCAUGCAAGCCGCCAUUGUCGCGCAGCAGAAAGCCGAUGCCGAACGUAUGCAGAAGGAGGCGGAAGCCGCUGCGGCGGCCGCUGAAGCUGCAGCCAAUGCCGCYGCGGCAGCKACCACCAAUGCCGUGACSGCAGAGAAGCCGAGCGAAGAGAAAGAUGGCGACAGUGGCAGCGCCACARCAGUUGAUGGCGCCAACGGUGGCGAAACCGCAGUCAGCAGCAACAUUAAUAAUCCCUCACCGACUGGCGCCGAACAUAAUAAUAACAACAGCAGCGGCGUCACCAACAAUGGUGAGCAUCACAGCAAGGACGAGAACGAUAUGGCAACGGCGCAUGCCGAGAAAAUGGACGUUGACGGCGAUGUGUCCAUCAUUAAUAACUGCGAUGAAUCAAACAGCGUGAAAGCUGAAAAGGAUAAUCAGUCACUACCUUUGUGCGCAGACGCAAGCGCUGCAGCAGUUGUUGGCGUCAAUAAUCUCGCAGAACCAACACUGCCACAUGUGUUGCCGAUGCCAACAUUACCUAACGUCUUCGAUGGUCUAAAAUACGAUCUGAGCCCCGCAAAGGGCUACAACAACGACAACGCGGUGACGCCCAACAAGCAACCAAAGUUGGAUGAGUCCAUCGUUGGUGUACCAGCUUAUCAGAAUGGAAUCGCCAGCAUGCCAGCCGGUUUGUCGGCCGUUUGCCCUACAACAGCAAUGGCACAGGUGGCAACGCCCGAUUUGAGUAAUCUGUUGCCGAAAAAGCCAGGCAACGAUGAGCAGACAAUACCAACAGAUGUGGGUUUGGACGAUGAUCUCAGCGACUUGGAAUCGGAGAUUACAAAUGUAGAGGAGGAUGAGGACAAUCGUUUGAGCGCCGAUGAGCUACAAAAGAAGCUCGAUAAGAUAUUGCGCGCAUCAAUGAAUUGCAAAGAGUUGCUGGAGAAGAGCACGAAUCAGCUGCGCGCCACAUGUUUUGGACAAGAUCGUUUCUGGCGACGCUAUUGGAAGUUGCCGAAAGCMGGCGGCAUYUUCAUCGAAGCAUUGGAAUCUGCACAGAACGACAUCUUCCACUAUCAGGAAGUUUUGGAAGUGGAGGCUGAGGAGGCGCGUGCUGCUAAACUGUUGAAUGGCGAAAGUGAGGCUAAGCAGGAGUGCAAAGAAGAGGACAGCGAACAAGCUGAAGAGGAGGGUGCAGAUACAGAGAAUGCUGACGAAGGCGCUGAGAUCGAUUGCAACAAGGAAAGUGGCAACGUAUGUAAAAAUGGUGGGGAUGAGGGCGAAUGUACGGAGGCCACAGCUACAACUUUAGCCGUGAAGGAGCCAGUUGAAAGAAUGCAAGUCGAUGAUUUAGCCGAAGUGACCACAACUAAUCCAACUGUCAUUAACACCAACAACAACACCAAUGGCAAUAUAUGCAACAUUACGCCCGCAGCGGUGAUAGACGAUGACGACGACGACGUUGUGCUCACCAGCAAAGACGAACCGGAGAUUGUCGAUUUGCGCGAUGACGAUGACGAUGAUGAUGACGUCGUGCAUACCGCCACAAUACCAGCGCCGAAGCGCAUGGAUAUCGAUCUUGACAAUUACGGUUUGAGUAAGAAGCCACAUGUGGACGCGGCCACCAUCUCCACCAAGACCGAUUUUGAGGCCGAGAUCAAAAUACCAGCCAUACCGGCGCAAUUCAAUGCAGCAAUUGCCGCUGCUGCCGCCGCCGCCGCCGCCGCAGCUGCAGCCAAUGCGAACGCCACAAACACCACGACGACAAAUGUUAUCGGCGAAAAAAACUGUGAUAAAAAUGAGAUUGCAAUGGCGUCGCCGACAGCGUCCGGCUCAGCGUCGCCGAUGACGAUGCCAACACCGACGUCAACACCGAUGCCGAUGCCAAUGCCAUUACCGAUGUCGCUGCCAGCAGCAACGGGUUUACYAGGCAGCGCCAACAACACRAUAGUCAGUUGYAGCAACAGCAACAACAACAAUGCAGCAAUAAUAAACAGCGCUCCAGGCAGCAUUGCUGGCAGCAUUGGCGUCACGGAUGUGAGCAGCACGACAGCAGCCAUUAUCGAUAGCGUUGUGAAGGCCGAGGACUUAAAGAAGGAGGACGACUGCAUUAUCGUGUCGGCCACGAGCGCCGAUGAUGCGCUCUUCAAACAGCCGGUAAAUGUCUCAGAUAAGUGGUUUUCGAUACUCGAUCGCGAAUUGCCAUUGAUGUCGACCGAGCCGAUGGAUGAAGCCAGCCUCAAAGAGUACAAGAUGUCUAUCGCAAAUAUCUCAUGCGACUCUCUCUUCCAGACACAGGGCCAUCCGUGGGAGGUGCAGAAUGUCGUGCCGUUCUUCAACGUAACACUGGACGAAUGCAAAGUGGAUCCAAGCAAAUUCGUGCAGGAGUGCAUAUUAUCACUUUCCGGCCUCGACGAGAAACAAAUGGAGAAGAAGUUACGUGAAUAUGAGCAGAAAAUGCUUAUGGCAGCGAACGCAGCCGCUGAAGACCCGGAUGCCGAUACAGCGUUGGCAUCACCGGCGCAMUCAAAAAACUGCCURGAGUCUCCUCGUCAGCSAUUGAAGAGUGAGGAUGCCGCGGAGAGCGGUGAUGAGGAGGAAGAGGAUGAGCAAAAGUACGAAAGCGACUGCAAACCAUCGACAUCAGCGGCUGCUGCCGCCAUCAAAUCAUCAACAACGCCAGCCAUCAAAACAGACGCAGUGAAGGGUGAGGAACAUGAAGAAGAUCGCGCGGAAGAGAAAAAGUUCUUUCCAUAUUUGAAUGAAACAAAAGCCGACAGCGGUCUUGAGUGUAAGCCAAACAAAGACGCCAACGAUGCUGCCAACGGUGAAGCCAAAGAACAGGACUUCAACACGGUCAGAUUGGAAAUACGCAUGGACGACAUAGCCGGCAUGUCCAUACAGAAUUUAGCCAACAUGUCACUGCAAAAUCUCACCACAUUCCUGCAAUAUGACGUGCAAACGCCGCUCUCCAUGACACCGGAAGAGCAAAAGCAAUUGGAGAAAGUGAAAAAAGAAGGCUUUCCCAAAAAGUUGGUUGGCUCAUAUGUAUCACGUGAUCUACGCUAUGGCUGGUGGAAGGUKGACACUUUCGAAAUGUUGCAGCGCGUCAUCGAUACGCUCGAUGCGAGCGGUUUACGCGAACGCGAUCUGCAAGAGAAUCUCUUGCGUUUCAUGCAGCAAGAAGAUCCGCCCACCAUCGGCAUCAAAUAUCCGCUCGCAAGCAAACCAGGCGAAGAUGUGCCAUACAUGCAACCGGACAAGCCACACGAUUGGAAUCCAAAGAUAGCCAAACGCACCGAACUCGCACUGCUUGAUCAACUCGAAGCUUUGGAGGACAAAAUCGCCAGCGCCUCUAUGCAACUGAAGAAUUGGCAGCUGCCGCCGCGCAUCGAAAACGAAAUCAAUCUCGAACUGGAAGAUGUCACCGAAGAAGACUUCAUCAGCAUCAUACCMAUGAUACGCGAACGUAUCAUCGAUCUGGAGGCGAACAUUGAGCGCCGCUACUUGAAACCGCCGCUCGGCUCACAAACCGGUGACGCACAUUUGGCGGUCAUUGCACAAAAUCAGCAUACCACCACACAGACACAGAACUCGGCUGCCGCUGCGGCGUUCCUCCUGCAAAUGCAACAACAACAGGCUGCACAACAACAACUCAUCAAUAUGCAAACGCAACAAACACAGAAUGUCAUCAACGCCUCGGCCUUCAAUGAGCGCGCCAUGGCCAUAGCGGCUGCCAAUGCUGCCGCGGCCGCUGCGGCUGCUGGCAACGCCGGCGCCGAUGCUGCGGGCGGUCACACAGCCAACACCAGCGGCAACAAUUCGGGCGGCGACUCGCCCGCGAGCAAUUGUGACAGUGAGAAGGACGAGAAGGUGGAGAAUAUACCCAAAGGCUUGGCGUCGUGGCGCGACGCGGUCGCUCGUUCGCACACCACSGCGCAGCUGGCGAUGGCGCUGUACGUGUUGGAGUCGUGUGUCGCCUGGGACAAGAGCAUCAUGAAAGCGUACUGCCAGUUCUGCACAUCUGGCGAGAACGAGGAUAAGCUGCUGUUAUGCGACGGUUGCGACAAAGGCUAUCACACCUACUGCUUCAAGCCGAAAAUGGACAAUAUACCCGAUGGUGAUUGGUAUUGCUAUGAGUGCGUCAAUAAGGCGACGAAUGAACGCAAAUGUAUCGUCUGCGGUGGCUUGCGGCCCUCACCCGUUGGCAAAAUGAUCUAUUGCGAUUUGUGUCCGCGCGCCUAUCAUGCCGACUGCUACAUACCGCCGCUGCUGAAAGUGCCACGUGGCAAGUGGUACUGUCACGGCUGCAUCACGAAGGCACCGCCGCCGAAGAAACGCACGAGCAGUAAACCGCGACGUGAUCGUGACUCCUCGAAGCGACGYGAUCGUCACAGCAACUCAUCGACAUCAUCGAAUAUAGACAUACAACAACAGCAACAGCAACAACAACAGCAUCAGCAACACCAAUUACAGCUACAACAACAGGCUGCGGUUCUAGCGCAGGCGCAGGCCAUGGCAGCUGCCUCGGCGGAACACCACCUGCACAAUUCAUCGCAGCUAUCGCUGAAUUCGUCGCAUGACGAGUCGAUGACCUCGUUACCGACGCCGCUCAGUCCRGCGCAUUCGAUUGCCUCCACYACAUUCGACGAUCAACAACACAAUAACUCGAUUGACGCGACGCGUUUUCAGCAUCARCAGCAACUACAACAACAUCAGCAACAAAUGGUUGGUGGUAAUGCUGCCGCUUUGGCAGUGGGUAUGCAUGUUGGCGCUGUUGUAGGUMUGGCCGCACCAACUACAAUGCUGCCAGAUGCUAUUGGCGCAACGCCGCUGGUCCACAACAACAUACUCGGUGCACAUUUAACGAAUAACGAGUACGCGACAACAGAUGGCGCUCCGGCCACAGCAACGGCUAUGCUAAAUCCCAUGAUUGGCGGCGUACUUCCGCUUCCCCCGCCCAUUUUCAACAGCGCGACUUCAAGCGGCUAUGCGACGCCACCAUCAACACAGCAACAGCUACAAACUCCACACGCGCCACUAUCAGCCGGUGGCGCAUUGCUGCCACACGCGACGCCAUCAAUCCUGCCAAUAGUAAGUAGCGCGGCCGGYGGCGCAUCCGCGGUGCCCGUCAACUACAUGGCGCUGACAGCCAGCCAGCAGCAGCAUCUCGCACAGCUGCAAAUGAACAGUAACGGUGGCGUGCAGUUGCCACCGCCAUCUUCACCCUACAAUGCAGCCACACAAUCGCCGCUGCCGCCACACGCAUUACUGCCGCCCACCAGCGCUCUGAGCACAUCGCCACAACCAACCACAACACUACCGCUCAUAAUGCCGCCAACCGGCAUGGGUCAACAACAACAACAACAACAGCCACAAUUGUCGCCACUGCUGCAAUCAUCGAUUUUGUCGCCACAACACCACAGCAGCAAUCAUGCACCGACGGCCAGCAACAUGCACUCGCCGCGUGCCAGCACGCCAACACAACAUUCACCGCAAACGGUUGGACACCACUCGCAGUCGCAAUCGCCGGCCGCUCAUCAGUUUGGCGGCCUCUCGCCGAUGACAUCGUCGCCCAUGAGCCAAUGCGGUACACCACAACCACCACCGCCGCCGCCACUGAAUGUCCAUGCGGUGCAGGAGGCGAAAGAGAAGCUGAAACAGGAGAAGAAGGAGAAGCACGCCACCAAGAAGCUGAUGAAGGAGUUGGCCAUAUGCAAAACACUGCUUGGCGAAAUGGAGUUGCACGAAGAUUCGUGGCCAUUCUUGCUGCCAGUGAAUACCAAACAAUUUCCGACCUAUCGUAAGAUAAUUAAAAAUCCCAUGGACUUGUCCACAAUCAAGAAACGCUUACAGGACUUGACCUACAAAAGUCGCGAAGACUUCUGCGUCGACGUCCGUCAAAUAUUCGACAACUGUGAAAUGUUCAAUGAGGAUGACUCGCCGGUCGGCAAGGCGGGUCACGGCAUGCGCAAAUUUUUCGAGCUGCGCUGGGCUGAGUUGACCGACAAGCACUCAUGAUAUCAAAUGCAUCACCACCUCAAGUAUUCUAGUGAUUAAGUGAACAAAACGCUGCAGAAGAGAGCAGCAAAAAUUAAAUCCAAAUUUAAAAAAUGCGGAGCAGUUAAAUUAGAAGAGAGUAAAUGUUAGUAGAAGGCAGAAAAAAUCAUAUGAAAAACUAAAACUUUUAAUUAUUCCAAAAAAUACAAAUAAAUUCAAAAUUUAUGAAAAAA